CACACACUCCCAUCAUGACGUAUGUCGCCACACAGGCCGAUGGCACCACCACCUCACUGACCAUCACGGACACUGAGGGUCGUGUCCUGCGUCGCCCGUGGACUCGCGAUCGCCAGGGUAUCAAAACUGGGGUGGUUCGCCCCCUCGUGCCCGUCGCCCUCUCCACCAACUGCUCCGUGGACUUAUCGCCCGAGGGUGUGUGUGUGCGCGACUCGAUCGAGUUCGAAUUUACAUGUCCCAAUGGCGGCGAAACCAAUGUCCCCACCACCGCCACCACCACCCCCGCCGCGACCGCCGCAGUCAAUGGAUCAAGUCAGGACUUUCCCACACACAGAGUCAACAGGACAAAGGGC